AUGAAGGUAAUUUAUAAAUUAAUUUUAUUCUUAACUAUCAUUAAUACUAUUUCCUUGACAUACAAAAUUGAAAUUGGUAAUGUGAAGAAUAAUAAUGAAUGCCAAGAUGAUACAUGUAAUAUUGGUAUUGUUUUUGAUACAUCAUCUGAUAUUUUAAACAACCAGUUAUUUAUAAAAUCAAAAAACAUCCUUCAAUAUAAUCUUUCAACAGAAAUACCACAUUUUAAUCAAGUUUCUUUUACAUCAUUUAAUGAAAAUAUAAAUAUUUCAACAUUUGGUAUGUUUAAAAACAAGGAUGAAUUUUCAGAAAUAGUUAAAUCAUUAAAACAAUCACCUGGAUUUUCUUUGUCAAAAGCAUUAUAUUCUGUUAAUAAUUUAUCAUAUACCUCUACAAAUAGACAAUCAACAUUUGUAUUUAUUUCCAAAUAUGAUAAAGAAGAAAUAAAAAAAUCUAUAGAAUAUGCUAAAGAAUUAUGGAAAAAGGGUUCACUUAAUUUUAUUAUUAUGGGUGAUGGUAUUUUACCAAUACAAUUAUUACCUUUACAUCCAUCAAGUAUAUAUUUAUUAACUUUUGACAAAAAUGAUACAAUACAAUUAAAAAGUUUUUUUUAUAAUAAUCUUUUAUGUUUUGACAAAGAUUGUUUAAAAAAAAAAGAUAUUAAAUAUUAA